AUGCCGUUACCUUCGAAAUCCAGUGGCAGGAGCGAUGAACACGCCCAUUCUUUGCCGUUGAGAACCAGAAGCCCGGAGGCGCAGAGUGAUCUGGAAUCGCAGCAUCAGUCGUCGCCAUCAGACAAGUCCACUACAACAGAUGACACUGAUGAGAACAACGAACAUUCCAAAGUCACAGAAAAUACUUUGAAGAGGCCUGAGAGUAUCGAAAACAUCCAAUCAAUAAAGAAAAUCAACAUGGAAACUGAUACCAAACCUCCAGAAAAUACCAAACCCUCAGACAAUACCAAGACUUCAGAGAAUGCCAAGGCAUCUGAAGAUACCAACAUGUCUGAAAAUACAGAACGUCCAAAGCACGAGAACCCGGGCUUCAAUGACGACGAAAUGGCUUUGUUGCUCUUGGAGAGUCACGUGGAAGCUUGUGAACGCGAUGAUUUCACCAUGUUCACUUCCAGCAUGUACCAAGUCUUAUGA